GUUCAGUCAACGCGUGGACGCCACCAGAGACAGUCCACUCGGACCCCGGGAAGUCAGAUACGCGUUUGAACAUCAGUACCAAAGAUGGGAGACUGGGGGUUCUUGUCAACCUUACUGGACAAGGUCCAGUCCCACUCAACAGUCAUCGGAAAGAUCUGGAUGACGGUGCUCUUUCUGUUCCGGAUCAUGGUCCUGGGUGCCGGCGCCGAGAGCGUGUGGGGCGACGAGCAGUCGGACUUCAUCUGCAACACCCAGCAGCCCGGUUGCGAGAACGUGUGCUACGACUGGACCUUCCCCAUCUCGCACAUCCGCUUCUGGGUCCUCCAGAUCAUCUUCGUGUCCACGCCCACGCUGGUGUACCUGGGCCACGCCGUGCACGUCAUCCACCAGGAGAACAAGCUGAGGGAGCAGCUGGCCAGCCCCGGUGGGCCACGCUGCAUCAAGCCGCCCAAGUACACGGAUGAGAAAGGCAACGUGAAGGUGAAGGGGAAGCUUCUGGGCAGCUACCUGACCCAGCUGGUCUUCAAGAUCAUCAUCGAGGCCGCCUUCAUCGUGGGCCAGUACUACCUGUACGGCUUCAUCAUGGUGCCCAUGUUCCCCUGCUCCAGGCAGCCGUGCCCCUUCACUGUGGAGUGCUACAUGUCCCGACCCACUGAGAAGACCAUCUUCAUCAUCUUCAUGCUGGUCGUGGCCUGCAUCUCCCUGCUCCUCAACGUGGUCGAGGUUUUCUACCUCCUGUGCACCAGGUGCAAGUCCAGGUCUCGCGCCCGCAGGUUCACCCCCGCCCAGAUCCCCGCCGAGCUGCCACCACCCAGGUGGCCCGGCACCGACGACGCCCUCCAUCAGAACAAGAAGAACUUGGAGCUGGAGACCAGCCAGAGCCUGGGAGGAAGUCUGGACGGCGCCAAGGAGGAGAAGCGACUGCUCGGCGGCCAUUAGAACUCUUAGCUUGUAGCAUGUGCGUGUGUUUGGCCCUUUGGUUCUGGUGGAUGUUCCUGAGGGAAACUUUGCUUUGCUUUGACAUAUUUACUUUGUACUUCUGAAAAAAUGAAAUUCUAAUAAUGGCAAAGGUGCAAUAAGAUAUUUAUGCUGACUCGUUUUUGGUUGUUGAUUCUGUGUAACUUAUUACUCACAAUAAUGAUGAUGAUGAUGAUGAUGAUGAUGAUCGUUUGAUUAUGACGGGUUUUUUUAAAAGCAUUUUUCUAUGCUGUUGGUUUUUUGUCAUAUGAUUAAAGUUUGAUACAAAAAA